AGGAGGGAGAACCGAGGAAUGAAGGAGUGAGAAGGAGACAAAAGAAAGAGAGACGAGCAGAGAAAGAAGGAAGAAGAGAAGGAAGAGAACAAGGAGGCAAAGAUACAAAAGAUGGAAGACGAGCAUCAGGCAAAGUCAAGUUCAGCAGAAGGAAGCAGCAACUCAAGAAGAAUCCAGAAAAUAAGAAAGAAAUUAAGAAAACACCAAAAAAGUCAAAAAAGGUAUCUGGAACCACGCCAAGGAAAGUCGCCACGAAACCGAAGCAAGCUAAGGAUAAAAAGGAGAAAGAUAAGAAAAAGAAAAAUAAAGAUAAGAAAAAGAAAGGAAGUGGAGAGGAAACAUAUGUCCUGGGAGAAGUUACUACGAAGUUUGCCUCGAAGUCAAAAGGAAAGUGUAUAGCAACGGACGCCAUUCUGGGAAAAGAUUCGGUGGUGGUGUACACGACCAAUCAGAAGAAGAGAAGCAAGUGUAAGAUAACGAUUAGGGGCAAGAAAGGUGUAAAACUGACGAUGCAGUGUAGUCGCUUUUCGUUAGCGAGCAGCGGUUGUGAUGCGGAGGUGUUACAGGUGGUCGACAAGGGAAGCAAAGAAACGACCAAAUUCUGCCAGAACGACAACCCAGGCGAUACUUUCACCGUAUCUACUGGCAACCAAAUUCAACUCAAAUACAAGAAAAAGAAAUUCAGGAAGAAGGACGGCGAUUCCAGUCUGGGCUUCGUGUGUAAAGUCGCUGUAGAAGAUUCGACCCAAGCUGACCUCCUUCUGGGCAACGAAGCCGACUGUGGGAAAGCCUUUGACGUGCAGGUCGGUCAGUCGGCUGUAGUGGCUUCCACGGCCUCGAGAGGAACCUGCUCCAUCAGUCUGAAUGGGAAGUCCGGUUCGGUUCUCAGUCUAGAUUGCCCUCAUCUGCAAUUCGGAAGAAAAUGCAGGGCCGAAGAUUUGUUCGUCCAGGAUAGGAUCGAUUAUACGGCUUUUAGACUCUGCAAAGGCUCUACUGAAUUACCGUUUACUGUUACAACGUCUCAGAUGGUCUUAAUUUACACACGAGAUAAGGCUACGAAUUGGGGAGACUUUGUGUGCCGAGUUACUGCUGUUGGUACGUAAUGAGAGAGAGAGAGAGAGAGAGA